CCAGUAGGGGAGGGUUCCGGAGUGUCGGCGGAGGUCGGCUGGUCGCUGGGUGGUGGCUACCCGAGUCUUUUUUCCCCUCUCCGUCUGUCCUUUUAUGGGCCAGAGCCCUCUGUCACUUCAGAGCCUGGACAGCAAUGAAGCUUGCCGAAGAUAAAACUUACGAGUAUAUCCGCCACCAUUUCAGCAAUUUUGUUGACCGCGUUCAUGUUCCGGAGAUCCUGCCUUACCUGUCCUGCCUUACGACAAGUGACCAGGACCGACUGCGGGCCUCUUUCCAGCUCUCUGGGAACCACGGCACCCUCUGGGACCUCUUCAACAGCCUUCGGCGGCGGAUCGGCUGGGUGGAAUCCCUCAUCAAAGCGCUGAGGGCCUGUGAGCUGGUGGAUCUCGCUGAUGAAGUGGCCCGGGUCUACCAGAGCAACCUGCCCCGUGUCCAGAACCGGCCUCCAGCCCCAGUGGAGCCACAGGUAGUUCCUGCUGAGGUUCCACGGCCCUCCAGACCUGAUGUGGCCCCCAGUGCCCGCCACAACGGCUAUAGAGAGGAGGAGCCAAGUUUCCCCAUGCCUGUCCAGGACACCCAACCACCAGAGUCCCUGGAAGAGAGUUCAAGGAGAGUCCCACAGCUGCCCCAGUCUGGGGCUGUCCUGAGGAGGCCAACCAGCCCGGUGGAGCCCUCCUCUGACAUGGCGGCCUUUAGCCCUCUGACCUCCAGUGGACAUCAAGAGCACGACACAGAACUGGGCAGUGCCCGCACAGCAGGCGUGGCCUCCAGCCUCACCUCCCCCCGUGGGCCUGUGUCUCCAACUGUCUCCUUCCAGCCCCUGACCCGCUCCAUCCCCAGGGCAAGCCGUUUGCCUGCACCCUCCGUGUCAGCUGUGUCUCCUGGCACCUCCUCCUCCUCGCCUGGCUCGGCCUGUGCAGGGGCUGCUGGCGACCACGGCGAGGCUAGCGUCUGCCCCGGUGGGGCAGGGGUGUCCAGCAGCUCAUUGCCCAUCAGCACAGCCCCCUCCAGGGUGCCUGCCAACGCAGCAUUUGACAGAACAGUGCCUUCCAAGUUGCCUGUCACCUCGAAACCCUCCGGUGCUGUGGCCACCCACGUGCUCACGAGUCUGCCACCGUCCAAACUGCCCAUCAACUCAGUACGUGCGGGCGCAGCGCCACCCAGAGUGCCUGCUGGCUUGGGGCCAGAGCACAGGAUGUCUGUGAGCACGGUGACCAGCAAGCUGCCCGCCAGCACAGUGCCUGCUACCGGGAGCAACAUACCCUCGGGGGAGAUUUCAGCGGCUCCAGUGCCCACCAGCGUCUCCACCAGAGACAGCUUGCCUGGGCUAGACCCCAGCUCUGCUGGCUGGAGCUCUGAGUUGGAGCUGAGCAAGCCAGGCAGGCUGGCCUCCCGGGUGGACAGUGAGCCAUUCUCGGGCUGCUCUGCGGACCUGGCCCUUAGCUACAGCAAUUCCGUGGACGCAGGGCCUGACAAUGCCCCAGAGGAGAACGAGUACCAGUCGGUGGAUUCCAUUAUGAUCCACGUGACCCAGGAUCCCAGCGUCGACCUGCUGGAGGGUAAUCCUGGGCCGCAUACCGCCCUGCAGCCCCUGGUGGAGGAGGAGUCCAUCCAGGCCAGCCUCUGGGCUCCGUGGCUCAGGGCAGCUGCCGCUGGGGCGCUCCUGGCCGUGCUCCUGACCGUGCUAUACAGGCGGCGCCUGCUCCAGUGACGUCCCCGGGCCCUCUCUGCCAUGGAUCUGCUCUCUUCCCCGGAUCUGCUCUCUUCCCCGUGGGACAUCCAGCCCAAGCACGGACUGUGCUGUCUUCCUGCCUUGUCCCUUUGGUGGGGCUGGUGGAGCCUGGGUCAGAGGGGAGCCAGGGGGCCUCUGUCCCAACUCAUGCCCUCCCCAUGUGCUCCAGACCUCGCCCACCCUGCAAUCUGGGCUGCCACCUUUGUUCUCGGGAGGAGGUGAGGUACCCCCAUCCGGGCUGUGUACCCAUUUGUCCACAUCCGAUCAGGAGGUGCCGCUGGAUCAUGCAGGAGGUCGGCACUGCCCCCAUCCUGCCCUGGUGCCUGGUGGCUAGCAGAUGUGCAGCAGGGUGGGGGACCCCACAGGACCUUGCUCCAGACCCCAAAAACCCAGCUGUUGCUCCAGGAGCAUCAGGGUGGUCCAUCUCCAGGGACAUGGCUGCUUGAGGUCCCUCAAGAAGUGGAGGAGGUCUGGACAUCCUCCUGGACCCUGGGGAAUGUAAAGCAGCUGCUAGGCUAAGGACUGCCUCUGAAGCCCCUCUGCAGCCUUCUCACCCCCUCUUCCUUUUCCUUCCCUUCUGGUCUCCGUGCUCUUUAGCUGGGUGGGAAGAGGGAGGGGAUUUGGGGGGAGAGGCCUGCCAGGCUGAGCUCAGACCGAGGUUUGGAUUUCAGCUCCACCCCUUCCCGGGCUGUGUGGCCUUGGCAGAUGAUCAGACUUCUCUGGUCUUGCUUCCCCACAUGGACAGUGAGUAUCAUGGCUCAUCUUCACUGGGUUCUUCUGAGAUCGAAGCACACAAGUGUUUGUCAAGUGCCUGACCCAGAGUUGGUAAGCACUGACAGCUUCCCCUGCCUCUCCCCUGUGCCGCCUGGUAGACGUGAGGGUGCAAGAGGCAGAGUGCCCCGUGGGCAAGGGUCCUACUCUGUAGUGUAGGGUGGCCUAGGCCUGGACCCCACUCUUAACUUUCACUCACUCUGUGCUCUAUCACUGUGUGCUCCCGAUUAACCUCUCUGUGCCUCCAUUUCCUCAGCUGUAAAACGGGGAUGAAUAGCAAAACUUCCUGUGUAUAAAAAAAUAGAUCUCCCAGUGUUGUGAGGAUUAAAUGAGUUUAUCUACAUCAA